AUGUGGUAUGGCGAGAAGGCUCUGCAGGACCUUCGAAAGCCUGAGAAAAAGGUAGGAGAAUUUACAAAGCAGGAAAUUGCUGCCAGAAUCAUUCAGAGGGCCUGGAAAAAUUUCCUUAAUGUUGCUGUAUUCCAACACUUUAAAAGUCUGAUUGAUUUAAGGAGACAAGGGGAGCCUCGACAAAUACUGAGACUUAUCAAUCCUAAAGAGGCAGAGCUUCUAGAUGCUGCUGCUGGCAUUCAAGUCCGAUUCAGAUUGGGUGGGGUUAAAUUUCCACCUGAGAUAUACUAUAAAAUUUUUACUCACAGACACAUUGAAGACUUGUGUGCUAACAGCCCUAGAGAUUACACAAAACUUCCCUCAAAGCAUACAUCCCAUAAUAAAGAUGAUCUGCCUCAGGAAGAGGAUCGCAGUGGCUGGUAUCGGCGAGUAGAAAACAAUGGCUGGAGGCCUGUUUCCCACAGAUUUUGGAUACCAGCUGGAAAUGAAGUGUUGGAAAGCACAAAGGAAAGUGAAUUUCAUUUCUCUAAACUGAAGAGAAAGCAAGACUUGGAAAAGAAGAGAAAAAUUAAAAAAAUAGAAUGGAUGAGGCAAAUGUACUACAUGGGAAGCCUGGAGGCCAAAUCAACUCAUCAUGAAACUCUAGGUUUAAUUCACACAGCAACAAAAGGGCUAAUAAAGACGAUUGAAGAUGGUGGGGUUGAUUCUGUGAUGGAAUGGGAAGUGGACGAAGUGCUCAACUGGACAAAUACACUCAACUUUGAUGAGUAUAUUGCUAACUGGAAAGAAACUGCUACAAGCAACUCUUCAGUGCACUUAAAAGAUUUCAGGCUUGCGCCAAUACAGAAAAGUCUAUUCCAAAACUGUGGAGCUGUGUCAGAGACGCAAGUAGAAACACCAUACGAGGAUUUCUAUGAACAGGUUUAUGUGAAGCCACAGUUUACUAGAUUGACACCGGAUUCCACCUUCUGAAUGCAGUCAGAGAGAACUUUAUUUUCUUUUUUGAGCAGGGGCCUUUCAAGCCCUGUAUUUAUCAGUUAAAGCCAAGAGACUGCUUACUCUGAUCACAGUAACUUAUGCAUACAUUCUUUCUCCAAAUUUA